AGAAGCAACAUCAAUCUAUCUUCAGGGUGCCCAUUCUUCAGUGUUAUGUGUUGUGUCCAAUUUCAAAGCUCAAUAUGUUGUGAUAUUUUUUUAUGAGCUGCUCAUAUACGUCUUGAAACGCACACGUGGUGACCAGAUUCAUUAACAGAAUCAAUCCUGAAUACAAGUAUAGGUUUUGUUUUCAUGAAGUAGGUCUUAUCAUUAUCACUACCUGAAAAUACAAUCCACAAUGCAACACGGAAGAAUUAACAUUUACUAUUACUACAGUUUCUGUGCUACGGCAUUCUUGAUUGGUAUCGCCAACGCAUCGAAUAAUUCUCAAUCUGCGGAUCCAUAUACAAACUCGAAUAGCUUAAAUCAUGAGGCUGCGAGUCCAACCAUCCCUCCAAUUAUAGACUUUGUCUCGUACAUGGAGAGAAUCAAUGGUUCCUUAAAGGAUGAUGACUUCGAGUAUAUGCUUGACUACUACAACAACAAGAGCAGUAUUGCACUGGAGUAUCUCCAUGAUUUUGAUUCCGGUAACAUUUCAAGAAUGUUGAUAGAGAAGGCUGCUUACUGGAGCACACCUCCGGUUCAGUUCUUGGAGGAGAUGGCGGAUUUGAUCUCCUUGGAAAAAGAGCAGUACUCAAAUGUCAAAGGGAACUAUGGAUCAGACCCAGGACAAAGAGUAACAUUUCUGAGGAAAAAAUACAACAUUUCUGCUGCUUGUGAAGUUCCUGACUGCGUCUCUCUUUCAAGAGUAGCUUACGUGUUUCCUCACUUGGGCCUCACUGGAGAGAGACCGAUUUUUGUCCGAAAAGAAAUGAAGCAAGUCGAUAGCACCUCUCCAGAAGAGGUUCUGGUCGUUGAGCCACAUGUACUACGGAACCCGCUUUUUGGAGGACUUAUACCCUUACCCUCAAACCCAUAUUACAGAAAUCAGGUGUUAAAUUCCGAAACUUUAAAAAUAAUUAUAACAGUGCACCUUUAUUACUCCCGUGACAUCUUAUACAGGAAUGAGACGGUUCCUAUCCGAAAUCAGUGCAUCAUGCUUUACCGAAGAAUGAAAAAGAGUCUACUGUCAAAUGCACGCAAAGUCCGUUUGCUCAAGCUGUAUGACGUUGUUAAGGAAAACACUGGAGAUUAUUACUCAGGAAGUCGUACAAGGGUUGAAAUUACAACCGCUUAUGACCACAUCUCUACCGAUUUUAAAUCCUCCAUUGCCACUUGGUUGUAUGAAUAUGAUAGUGAUCACGGGGAAAAUACAAUAUAAGCUGGGUAUUCUUACAAACAUAAACUGAACCAAUUCCACUCGUGAGUGGAAUAAUGGUAGGCUUUAGUAGUGCGACGCAAUUUUGAAGGCAAAUUGACAGAUUGCUUGUUGUAACUAAGUUUGGAAACUUUUACCUUGAAAAAAAAAUAAUUAAAUAAACCAUUAAAAAAUAAAAAAAACCAAAGGUAAUAGUCGUCUUUUACAUAUUUUACAUCAUAGUUAGGAGUAUUUUGUGGUUUCUUUUCAUUUAGGCAAAGUACUCGACAAAAUUGGUAGUUUUAGCGAAAGAGAACAUUGUAGGUCUGCAAAGUGAUGGACUUUAAAAGUGAUGGAUAUACUUCAGCAUUUGGACGCCGCCGUAAGUCCGCAAUCAUAUAUCUCGUUUGUGGUGUCUAAAAAUCUCCGCCUCUAUGUUAUUUUUUUGAAGGAGAACAAAUUGAUAUCGUUCCUUGAAGUUUCUGCAGACUUUUUUUCGCACAGAUUUUCUCAUCCGUUUCUCAUCACGGCAGUUUUAAAGAAUUGCCGUUGAGUAGUUUUCCGUUUAAAAAAUAAAGUAUGACAGGAAGUCUGCGACGUCGCAAACCGAUAUUAUGUGAUUGCCGACUUACACCGUCGAUUUGCUCUUGUAAAAAGUCACCGAUGGUGUCACCAUUAAAAUCCGAACAAUUUAUAGAGUAUUUUUAGCCAUUUAUGAUUAAAGAACAUACAUGAACAUACAUUUAUGAUUAUGGCAACUUGGCCAUGGAGGGAUAAUUUAUUUCAUUAGUUAGCUAAUCAUUGUUAAUAUGGAAAAGAGAUAACAGAAAAGAAAACCAAGUUAUCGGUGAUUCUCUUAAAGUUAAACAUAAUUAAUGGAAGGUAACUAAGUUCAAAUGAAUUUUUAUAGAAGGGUGCUGCAAACCAAUCGACGAGCAAUGUUCCCCUAUGGUAAUCGCUGUCCAAACAUGGGUCUCUCUUUCUGCAGCUUGACUAGAAGUCUCAGAAUUAAUUAUUAUUAGAGACACUGGCCGGAGUCAGCUAAUAAAUGGCAACCGUAAAUUAACAGAAUCCAAGGAUGUACUUUUACGUUCUCAUUUGAAGUAUUUAAUCAAGGAUUUUAUGGAGAUAACAUUUGCCACAUUUCAAUAGUAUUUAACGAGGGUGUUGUAGUAAAGUUCACCAGAUUUUACGAUUCGUCAUCUUUAAUUUGUAUCUCUGGGUUUACUGUACAUCUCUAUUUUAUAAAAAAUAAAAUUUACUCUACUUUCUCCCAAGUGACCUUCAAUAUUCUCGUUAGUAUCAGAGGAAACUGGGAAAGUCAUUAUUGUUUCGCUAAUCUAUAAGACUUAUUCAUUAAAAUCCAAAUUCAGUCAUAAAAUUGGGUCCUAAUAAAUAGUAAUUAUAUGUAUUAUUAUUAUAUAAAGUUAUUUCACUUCUGUUUAAUCUUUUAUACGUGUAGUCUCCCAUAAAUAAAUCACAUGGCAAUGCAAAGUUUCACCGUUUCACGUAAAAA